AGUAGUACCGUUCACCGGAAGUGGACUGUCAGUCUGGGCUGUGUCCUUGUUAGCUAACAAAGCUAGUUAGCUGCCAUAACAGGCAAGCAAAUGUGUACCAUUUGGAAAGAUGACUUAAACCGCGCUUGAAGAGUGAUUUUGAGAGAGAUUUGCGUCAACCCGCUGUUGAUAACAGCACCAUGUUGCGUGUCGGGAGUGAAGCUGCCUGCCUGGCCUGCAGGAAUCUGGUCUCCACCAACAUGGGGGUGAGAUUUCGGGUACCGCUGCAGAAGCUGCACCCUCUGUCACGGGCAAUCCACCACCGCUACUCUGGAAACACCAACCCCCAGCGACCCCCUCACCGCACGGCAGCCCGCUACUUUACCUCCAUGUCACGGUUGCCCAUGCGGCCUCCCAAGCCUCCUCCGGGGUCGGGGGGCCGUGGCCACCAGCAGCAGCGCAAUUUCUGGGUGGUCCGCCUCGCUUCCCGGCUGCUAAAGCUUCGAUACAUUCUGCUGGGGUCGGCAGUGGGAGGAGGGUACACCGCUAAAAAGACCUAUGAUGAGUGGAAGGAUAUGCUGCCUGAUUUUAGUGAAUACAACUGGGUCAUACCUGAUUUUGUCUGGGAACUGAGUGAACAAAUUGAUUUUGAGAAACUGGCCAAAGCUCUACCAGAGAUCGAGGAAUUAGCCAAAUUGCUACCUGACCUAGACAAGAUAGGCGAGAACUUCACUUUCCUCAAAAGCCUCCUGUCCUCUGGUGUGAGUUUGGGUAGUGAAGUCAAAGGAGCUUCUGGUCUGCAUCUGUUGUUAGAAACAUCAGGCGAUCCUCCGCUAAAAGCCACCGAUUCUUCGACUGCAGCCACACAAGAGGGCAGCGACAAGCAGUACAAAAAGGGUCUGCUUGGCGAGCUCAUUCUUAUUCAGCAGCAGAUCCAGCGGCACGAGGAGGAGGUCCGGCGGGCCGCAGCAGCCAAUAGCGCGCGUCCCCCACUGCCAGAGCCUGCUCCCAGUCCGCCUCCGAACCCCAGUCCCCCUCAACAGAAACGCAAGUCAUCAGACAAAGAGAGGCUAGACCAGCUUCAAGAAGAAUUGCUCCGUACGCAGCUAAAAUACCAGCGCAUGCUGGAAAGACUGGAGAAGGAGAAUAAAGAGUUGAGGAAAGUGGUGCUGCAAAAAGAUGAUAAAGGGAUUCACCGAAGGAAAGUCAAGAAAUCCCUUAUUGACUUGUAUUCUGAAGUCCUGGACAUCUUGUCAGACUAUGAUGCCAACUACAACACCCAGGACCACCUACCCAGGGUGGUUGUGGUUGGCGAUCAGAGUGCUGGGAAGACUAGUGUGCUGGAGAUGAUAGCCCAGGCCAGGAUCUUCCCCAGGGGCUCAGGAGAGAUGAUGACCCGCUCUCCUGUCAAGGUAACACUAAGCGAAGGCCCCCACCACGUGGCAAUGUUUAAGGACAGUGGCCGAGAGUUUGACCUUACCAAGGAGGAGGACCUCGCUGCUCUGAGGCAUGAGAUUGAGCUGAGGAUGAGGAAGAGUGUGAAGGAGGGACAGACCGUCAGCUGUGAGACAAUAUCCUUGAGUGUCAAAGGCCCCGGCAUCCAGAGGAUGGUGCUUGUUGACUUACCAGGAGUCAUCAGUACUGUGACUGCAGGCAUGGCAGCAGAUACGAAGGAAACCAUCUUCAGCAUCAGCAAGGCUUACAUGCAGAACCCCAAUGCAAUCAUCCUCUGUAUUCAGGAUGGCAGUGUGGAUGCUGAGAGGAGCAUUGUAACAGACUUGGUUAGCCAGAUGGACCCCCACGGGAAGAGGACCAUCUUUGUCCUGACCAAGGUGGACUUGGCUGAGAAAAACCUGGCCAGCCCAAACAGAAUCCAGCAAAUAGUGGAAGGAAAGCUGUUUCCCAUGAAGGCCUUGGGCUACUUUGCAGUGGUGACAGGAAAAGGGAGCAGCGGUGAAAGCAUAGACUCCAUUAAAGACUAUGAGGAAGAGUUCUUCCAGAACUCUAGAUUACUAAGGGACGGCAUGCUGAAGGCCCACCAAGUGACGACAAAGAACUUGAGUCUGGCCGUCUCCGACUGCUUCUGGAAGAUGGUUCGGGAGUCUGUUGAGCAGCAAGCGGAUGUCUUCAAAGCAUCUCGCUUCAACCUGGAGACGGAGUGGAAGAACAACUACCCUCGUCUGAGAGAGCUGGACAGGAAUGAACUCUUCGAAAAGGCCAAAAAUGAAAUCUUGGAUGAAGUCAUUAGUUUGAGUCAAGUGACCCCACAACACUGGGAGGCCAUCUUGCAGAAGAAGCUGUGGGAACGCGUUUCCACCCAUGUGAUUGAAAACAUCUACCUGCCUGCUGCCCAAACAAUGGACUCCGGUACCUUUAACACCACCGUAGACAUCAAGCUCAAGCAGUGGACCGACAAGCAGCUUCCACACAAAGCACUGGAGGUUGCCUGGGAGACACUGCAGGAAGAGUUUGCCCGCUUCAUGGCUGAAUACAAAGGCAAAGACCAGGAUGACAUUUUUGACAAGUUGAAGGAGGCUGUGAAGGACGACAGCAUCAAGAGGCACAAGUGGAAUGAGAGGGCCAUGGACAGCCUGAGGGUGAUCCAGCACAAUGCUCUGGAAGACCGCUCCAUCACGGACAAGCCCCAGUGGGAUGCAGCCAUCCAGUUCAUGGAGGAAACCCUGCAGUCACGCCUCAAAGACACUGAGUCAGUGAUUGGAGAUAUGGUGGGUCCAGGCUGGAGGCAGAGGUGGAUGAACUGGAUGAAUCGUACACCAGAUCAGCACAUUCGUAACGAAACAAAGAAUGAGCUGGAGCGCUUGCUGAAGCUACACGAUGAGCACACAGCCUACUUGGCCAAUGACGAGGUCACCACAGUCAGGAAGAAUCUGGAGGGACGAGGGGUUGAAGUUGACCCUGUGCUGAUCAAGGACACGUGGCAUCAGCUGUAUCGCCGACACUUCUUGCAGAAGGCGCUGUCUCACUGUAGCCUCUGCAAGAGAGGCUUCUACUACUACCAGAGGCACUUUGUUGACUCUGAGUUGGAGUGCAAUGAUGUGGUUCUGUUCUGGAGGAUCCAGAGGAUGCUGGUCAUCACAGCUAACACGCUCCGACAGCAGCUCACCAACACUGAGGUGCGCCGACUGGAGAAAAAUGUAAAGGAGGUGCUGGAUGACUUUGGGGAAGACAUCGAGAAGAAGACCCACCUCAUCACUGGCCGCCGAGUUCAGCUGGCCGAGGAUCUCAAGAAAGUUCGUGAGAUUCAGGAGAAACUUGAAGCCUUCAUAGAAGCUCUUCACAAGGAAAAAUAAGACAAGCAGAACUAUUGAAAGUAAAUGUACGGAUCCCAACAGAGAAAUGCACUGAACAAAGAAGAGAGAAUCUGUAAAUCACCGUCAUCACAUCCUGACCUUGGCCACACCGCUCACUCAUCUGAUUUUAAUACCCGCGUCCUGGCUACCUGUCCCCCCCUUUGAAGCUGAGGAAAAGAUGGACCUGAACUGAAGGAAACAGUUUUCAAGCUUUAUCUUUGAUUUUCCUUUUUUUUUUUCCUCUUGCAAACUGUCCUCGGUCCAGAGGGGAGAUCAGGAGGGAAAAGAGAAGCAUGCACAGUGUUGUCAGACAUCUAGCCUCUCAUUUUCAAUAAAUGAGGACUGUGUACAUGUUUUGUUUUUUUCCAGCUGAUGGUGUCUGUGUACAUGUGAGUAGAAGAGUUUGUGUCCUCACUGAUGUCACCUUUGGCGCUGUUCCUGAUGGGUGAAACAGCCUUGAAUUGAAUCCCUUUAUCUCGCCUGGUGCUCCUAAAAUACGCCAUGACACUUACCUGGUACACAAGAAUUCUCCUAUAUUUAACAUUUACCGGUUCUUUUUUUGUUGCACUUAAGUUAUCCCUCCAAGCAGCAGCUAUAUAUUUAUGCUCCAUGUACCCCUAAAUAAGAGCAGCAGAUGUCCUCAUAAACAUAAGAGUAGAAAGUAGCUUUAAUAUCCAGCUUCCCUCUCAUCAACUCUCCCCAUUGUAACUCCACAACAACCACUCAUCAACCGGACACGACCAGCUCUGAACGUGUCGGAAACAAUAGUAUGUAUAGAUUUAUUUCUUUUUAUUUUUGAUCUAAUGGGGUUAUAUUUGACAAUGGUUUGUUAAUAUGUCUGCCAAAUGCACAUGAUGUCCUGGUCAUGCCACCUUUUUGUUUCUGUAUUUGUCUCGUGUUUGUGAUGUUUGCACUUCCAUCAUUGUACAUUUCCUCUAUACUCUCCCCGUGUUGUAGCUAAGAGAUAAUAAUACUGCUUCCAAAGGAAAAACAAAUGGGACACCCUCUUGAUAGGUUUACAAAUGUAAUUAAACAUAAAUUCAGGAUGCUUCUAGAUUGUUGAGACACAUUAUUAAACUAAGAGCAGCAGUUUUUCAACUGAUUGUGAUGAUGUAUUUUAACAUAUUACAUUGUUAUAUAAUGUCUAAGGUUAAAGAUGUCAUUUCUCAAUAGCCACAUUGCAUCAUCAGUUAAAGAUGUCAUAAUAACAGUGUAAAAGUAAAUUAUCAACCAGUUUAAACCUACAUUUGGUUUUAUUUUCAAAAGCUAUGACACUGUCCGUUGUUCCUCUCAAUGUCUCCACUUCAGACCUGGGUUUAAGUCUUUAGCGCACUAGUAUCCAGUCCAUGGUGGUCCAGUGACGCAGGGGAAGGUGGGUUAUCCCGAUGCGUUUCCAAUCCGCACCAGGUUUGAUGGUUUGGCAGGACAGUUAUGUCUAUGUACGUACAUGUGCACUUGCACGUAUCUACUUUUCCUCUCCUUUCUGUGAUGAUGGUCAUUAAGAUCAUAUGCCUCUUGCUGCUUGGAUUGGGGGGGGGGGAAUUGUAAAUGAACAGAAGUUAUCGUCAAAGUUAAGAGAAGGGUAAAUAUCUAACAUGCUGGAAGGUCAUUUUAAACUGAAAUGGUAUACUUUUGUCAGCUCACUGAUUCUUCUACACGUCACUGUCCAGGGCUGGAUGUUGCCGCACUGCUCCUAAUAUUGUGCUUUUUACUCAUUCUCAUCUUGAACUCCUUCUCUCACAUCCACCUCCAUCAUUGGGACACUUGUGACUCUUUCCAUCACCCACCUAGACAGCCACUCACUCUUCCUAGCUUGAAAAACUGUCUGCUUUGACCGAAGGUGGGGUAUUAGACUGCGUAAAACCUGUGUGUGUGUGUGCGCGUGUGUGUGUGUGUGUGUGUGUGUGUGUGUGUGUGUGUGUGUGUGUGUGCGCGCGCGCGCGCUCUGUACAGGUAAAGCCAUAGAGCUACUAUAAUGUACAGCACGUGUAUGCAGAGUGAACAACUUGUGUAACAAAAUCCACGAGUUUGUUCAAAAAAAUGUUUUAUGUUGUAGAAAGUAAUGUUUGCAUGGUGUACCCCAUCAGAUGUGCUUUAUUUAUUUAAUUUGUGGUUCAAAGAGAAAAAUAAAGUUGACAAAUGCAAAAUGA